AUCUAAUAAUUGAUUAGUUUCAGAAAUAGUGACGUUUGAAUUGCAGAAAUGAACAGUUUCACCUUCCUAAAAACUCCUCUCCUUGCAGCAACCUUGAUGAAAGGAUUCAAAUCUAACGACAAAAUGGCAACUACGACACCCUUCCGAUCCAAAACCCACAUUCAUAUUUCCUCUUCAGACCCACUUCAAGGUUCCAAUGAAGUCUCCAAGCCUGAAGGCCUUGUUUAUGUGAGGAAAAAGAGAGCUAAAAAUACGGUACAAGCUGCACAAAAUCUGCUUCAUUUAGAACCUAAGGAAGAACUCAAAUCUGCCCCACUAGAUAUAGAAGAUUUUGAAUUUAAAAGUUCAAAUGCAUCUGCUCAUCUAUGGAAGUCAAAAUCCAGCAGAGAUGUUCCUCCUGUGAAUUCCAAGUUUUCUUCUACUAUCAGGCGAACAAGCAUACAAAUGUAUGAAGCCCCUGCCAAUUGGGAAAUAGUCCUCGAAGGGAUCCGCAAAAUGAGGUCUGCGGAAGAUGCACCUGUAGACACAAUGGGAUGUGAGAAAGCUGGAAGUUCCCUUCCUUCUAAAGAAAGAAGAUUUGCUGUGUUAGUAUCUUCACUCAUGUCAAGCCAAACCAAGGAUCAUGUAACACAUGGAGCAAUUCAACGUCUUCACCAAAACAAUCUACUUACUGCUGAUGCAAUUGACAGAGCUGACGAGACAACAAUUAAGGACUUGAUUUACCCAGUUGGGUUUUAUACAAGAAAAGCAAGUAAUAUGAAGAAAAUUGCAAAAAUUUGUCUCCUGAAGUAUGAUGGAGACAUACCGCGGUGUUUGGAGGAUCUGCUAUCACUUCCAGGGAUAGGUCCUAAGAUGGCUCAUUUGGUCAUGGAUAUUGGUUGGAAUGAUAUUCAAGGAAUAUGUGUAGAUACCCAUGUGCACCGCAUUAGCAAUCGGCUUGGGUGGGUGUCUCAGCCAGGCACGAAGAAGAAAACUUCAAAUCCUGAGGAUACAAGAGUGGCUUUACAAAUUUGGCUUCCAAAAGAAGAGUGGAGCCCAAUUAACCCUCUUUUGGUGGGAUUUGGGCAGACAAUCUGUACUCCGCUAAGGCCUCGAUGCGGAGUAUGCAGCAUAAGUGAGCUCUGCCCAUCUGCAUUUAAGGAGACCUCAACUCCAUCAUCUGAAAUGAAAAAGUCCAGUCUGCGCAAAAAACGGUAAGUGCAAACUUGGUCAAUUUUUUUGUCGUGCAUCAUUGGCAAUAGCGUAGUUGAUUAUGUGGAAAGGAGGGUUUCUAGGUGGGAACAAAGUUUUGUGAUGUUGAUGAUUUAUAAGCAUCAACUCUCUGUUUCUGAAAAAUGAAAUGUAAAGAGCUGGGAGAUAUUAAGAAUUUGAAAGAUCCACUAGUGUAUAGAAGUAUGUAAACAUCAAUGGUAAGAAUAGCAAAUCAACUGUUAAAACUUAUAAGUAUUGAGAUGCUGUGCAAAAUAUCUGUCAAAGGUUUGGUA